UACCUCUACUUCUUUGGGCCUAUCAAAACUCAUUCUUUUCCUCCACUACUUUCCUUCAUCAUGCCUUAUUAUAUAACUUCUACCAAUUUCUCCUAGUUUUUCCCCAAACUUCUUUGAAUUUUCAUCAAGAAAUUUAAGCUUUUAUUCAAUUCAAACACUCAAAUCUCUAAUUUUCUCUUUCAAAAGGCGAAAACGAUGAUCGUUUUUCGUUGAUUUCCCGUUCGUUAUACUUCAUCUGUUCCCUAAAUAUCGCACCAUCCUGUUCUGUUCUUUCGAUGGCGUAUCCUCGAACGGUGGAGGAUGUCAUCAAGGAUUUCAAAGGUAGAAGAGGAGGAAUGAUCAAGGCAUUAACAAAGGAAUUUGAAGAGUUUUACCGUUUAUGUGAUCCGAAUAGCCCGAAUCUAUGCUUAUACGGGCACCCGAACCAAAAAUGGGAGGUCAACAUACCAUCUUUUUCGGACCUUCCCGAACCAAGACUAGGGAUCAACUUUGUACGGAACACCAUGACAAAACACGAGUGGAUAUCCAUGGUAGCGUUACAUAGCGACGCGUGGCUAUAUUCAAUCGCAUCAUAUUUCGCCACCAAGUUUAACUUCGAUAAAGCCGAUAAAAAACGCCUCUUUAACAAACUCACGGAGGUUUCCUCCCUACACGAGGUGGUUGUCACGGCGGGGAAGAAAAGGGUUAAAACCGAAGGCGGCGGCUUACCGGAAGAAAUCCUCGUCGAAGAAAUCCUCUCGAGACUCCCCGCACGUGACCUCCUAAAAUUCCGGACCGUGUCCUCCACGUGGCGGUCUUUAAUCGAUGACUCAGAUUUCGUUUCUACACAUAUGGAAACUUACAAAAACAAUAUCGAGGUUAGUCAUUUACUAGUCAUGUAUCGACCAGCUAGAAGUUGGCUUAAAGAUGAACAUGUUUUAGUUCGUCGAAGUGAUACGUUUCGAAAAGUCAUGGAAUUACAAAGCUUAUAUGAUCAUUAUGAAGGUGCUUAUGAAUUAAUUAGCUAUAUUAAUGGGUUAGUUUUGGUUAAAAAAGGUAAAUCAAGAGGUUUUCGUGAGAUUAUAUUAUGGAAUCCUUCUAUAAAUAGCUCUAUUAAUGUUCCUAACCCUAUGUUCGAAGCUAUGAGGGAAGCAACGUAUCUUGAGCUAGGGUUAGGUUAUGAUGCAUCUAAGAAAGAUUAUAAGGUUGUUGUAAUGGUUUACCCUAAAGCCGAGAUUAAGUACUAUUUCGGGGAACGGUACCGGGCCACGGGCCCGGGUUUCGUACAAGUGUAUACACUUAGUACAAACUCGUGGACCAGUAACAACAAUGUUAGUCCUCCGCCGUACUGGAGUGUUGGGGGGCAAGUCUUUGUUAAUGGCGCGAUACAUUGGAUAAACUUUGGCCCGAAACUCGAGGAUGAUUUAUGGUAUAAGGAUAAAGAUAUGUACAUUGUUUCAUUUGAUGUUGAAAACGAGGUUUUUAAGUAUUUUGAGCUACCUAAGGGGUUAAAAACCGAUGAUGAGCCAAAGGAGAAGUUUCCGACAAUGUUGGGAGGAUCACUCGCCGUGUAUUGUUCUCAUUAUCAAUCUAGGAAUGAUAUUUGGGUGAUGGGAGAGUACGGUGUGUCGAAUUCGUGGAGUAAACGUUACACAUUUUCGUUACAAUUUGAUAAAUUGUUGCAUUUCAAGAGUAAUGGUGAGUUAUUGUUUGCUGUUGAUGGGAAAGGGAUAAAGUCAUAUGAUGUGAAGAAAGAAAGGGUUAGAGAUCUUGCCAAAACUUAUGCUAGAUCUUCUAAUUAUACAGUUUUUACUUAUGUUGAGAGUUUGGUUUUGUUUAAACAAGCGAGUAAGCGGCCAUUACAACUUCUUGUGUAAAUGGGUAGACGGAGAUUCACAUCAGACACGUAUUGCAAACAGACUCUUAAUCAUAACGUGGCAGGACGUAGUUAUGUUUCACAUGAUUUCAUGUAUUUUUAGCUAAGAAUUUGAUUUUUUUUUUUU